AAACUGUACGUGGGUAAACACUGAUGGGCAGAGCCAAGGUUGCUUUGUAGCGGCUUGAGGGAGUGCGGAGAGCGGCUCCUGUGACACUUGCGUGCCUGCUCAGGUUGGUGUGGGGAGAGCCAGCCGCCCCUCCUUGCCGGGGGGCGCUCAGCGGGACCCCCCAGCUUGCGGGUUAGCGGAGGAGACGGCGAAGCGGGCACUGACCGAUCACCAUGUGGGCCUUCCCCGACGUGCCGGCGCCGCUGCUGGUGAAUUUGAUCGGCUCGCUCGUGGGAUUUGUGGCCACAUUCUUCCUCAUCCCCGCAUUCCGUGACCAUUUCAUGGCCGCGCGCCUCUGUGGCCAGGACCUCAACAAAUCUGACCGGCAGCUGAUCCCAGAGUCUCAAGGAGUGAUCAGCGGUGCUGUUUUCCUUAUCAUCCUCUUCUGCUUCAUCCCUUUCCCUUUCCUGAACUGCUUUGUGGAAGAGCAGUGUAAAGCCUUCCCUCACCAUGAAUUUGUGGCCCUCAUAGGUGCCCUCCUUGCCAUCUGCUGCAUGAUUUUCCUGGGCUUUGCCGAUGACGUACUGAAUCUGCGCUGGCGCCAUAAACUACUGCUGCCCACAGCUGCUUCACUACCUCUCCUCAUGGUCUAUUUUAUCAACUUUGGCAACACGACCAUUGUGGUACCCAAGCCCUUCCGCAUGAUUCUUGGCCUACAUCUGGACUUGGGCAUCCUGUACUAUGUCUACAUGGGGCUGCUGGCAGUGUUCUGUACCAAUGCCAUCAAUAUUCUAGCAGGAAUUAAUGGCUUAGAGGCUGGACAAUCACUAGUCAUUUCUGCUUCCAUCAUUGUCUUCAACUUGGUGGAGCUAGAAGGUGAUUAUCGGGAUGAUCAUAUCUUUUCCCUCUACUUCAUGAUACCCUUUUUUUUCACCACCUUGGCAUUGCUGUACCAUAACUGGUACCCAUCCCGGGUGUUUGUGGGAGAUACCUUCUGUUACUUCGCCGGCAUGACCUUUGCCGUGGUGGGCAUCUUGGGACACUUCAGUAAGACCAUGCUGCUCUUCUUCAUGCCUCAGGUGUUCAACUUCCUGUACUCACUGCCUCAACUCCUGCAUAUCAUCCCUUGCCCUCGUCACCGUAUGCCCAGACUCAAUACUAAGACAGGCAAACUGGAGAUGAGCUAUUCCAAGUUCAAGAUCAAGAGUCUGUCUUUCUUGGGCACCUUCAUUCUAAAGGUAGCAGAGAAACUCAGACUGUUGUCAGUGCGCCAGAGUGAGAAUGAAGACGGUGCCUUUACUGAGUGUAACAACAUGACCCUCAUAAACUUGCUACUAAAAGUCUUUGGGCCCAUGCAUGAGAGAACUCUCACGCUGUUCCUGCUGCUGUUACAGGUGCGGUUUGGGAUGGGCUUUGUACCUCCUUGUCUCUUAUUCUAUAUGAUUCUCACCCUAGUCCUUUUCACUUUGCAGAUUCUGGGCAGUGUUGUCACCUUCUCCAUUCGGUAUCAACUUGUCCGACUCUUCUAUGAUGUCUGAGUCCCUCAUCGUUGGUCUUUAUUUCAGUCUCCAGGGUUCUUGACUCAGGUCAACUUAUUUCCAAGACUGCCUCCUGAUCAGACCUUCGCCACCCUUCAUACUCCUCUAGAUUUUGUUCUCAGCGUUUCCUCUAUAAUUAUUGACAUUCUAGACAUUAGUCUUUGCCUAAGCCUCUUUAACUUGCCACUCUCCAGCUCCAGCCUGUGUUUGCAGCCCCCUAAGGUGGGAUAUUGCAGCCUCUAAGCAGUUAUCCUCAAUCUUAUACACAGUGUUAUACAUGUAUAAUAUUAAGGUUAUACAUGUAUAAAAUAUUCUCAAGGAAUGUGUUGGACCUGGGAGAUAGAGACAGAGACUUGAAUAUGAUUCAACAUUUCACUACAGAUUAAGUAUUCCUGAUUACUAAGAGCAGACUGAAAUGGGGAGGGGUGCAGAUAGGUGCUCCAAGUCUUGACAAUAAAGUGUUAUCUUCUUUC